UCGGUGGCCGCGCCCACAACGCUGGAGGCAGCUGGAGGCAGGAGGUAAAGCGGAGAGGGGCUGCUCGCUACCCGAGUCCAGCGUCCAGGGACCCGCUACGGACCACACACGUGGCUGAGUCUAGGCUCUCUGCCGUCUCGGCCAGUCCCUCGCUCGCCCGGCCCUCCUGUCGCCAGCCGUCUGGUGGCCCGAGGUGGCGGCGGGCCGGGCGCGGGACGCGAUGAGCGGCGCCUGCACGAGCUACGUGAGCGCGGAGCAGGAGGUGGUGCGCGGCUUCAGCUGCCCGCGGCCGGGGGGCGAGGCGGCCGCCGUCUUCUGCUGCGGCUUCCGCGACCACAAGUACUGCUGCGACGACCCGCACAGCUUCUUCCCCUACGAGCACAGCUACAUGUGGUGGCUCAGUAUCGGCGCUCUUGUGGGCCUAUCCGUAGCAGCAGUGGUCCUCCUGGCCUUCAUUGUCACCGCCUGUGUGGUUUGUUACCUGUUCAUCAGCUCAAAACCCCACACAAAGCUGGACCCAGGCUUAAGCUUACAGACAACAGGCCCCACGGAAGUGCCCUCUAACUGCCAAGGUGUAAACACGGUCAUUGCGGUGGAGUUGCGAGGAGGGAGUCCUCUCAGACAGAGUUACCCCUUCUUGAAAUCACGGCUGGAAAGCAAUGAGGGGCAGGUCAUGGACUCCAGACAUCUCCAGCACUGCUUCAUAGACACAGUGACAGCUGGUGACAUUCCAGGCAGCCCUGAGGAGGCCCUUGUUCCCAUCCCUGACCCAUGUGGACCAAUCCCAUAA